AUGAUGAAAGACGCAGGAUGCGCAUCAAAACACAUUAGAGAAUUUCAGGGGUCUCAACCGGGUCUCAUAGGUCUGCGGGAAAGAGGACCAACAAAAGGGACCCAAAAUCCAUGGGAAUUGACGCGGAAGAGAGAAGAAGUUAGACUGGUUGCUCUAGAUGAUCUGGCGCGGCUGGAGGCCGAACAGAAGCGUAUCAAAUGGGAAGAAGAAACUCGUCGACGAAUGAUUGAUGACGAGACACUGCGUCGUUUCAAACAAAUUAAACAACAACAAACUGUUGAACAGGCAAGAAAAAGCGAACUGCUUAGGAAAACUCUGGAAGAAGAGGAAACAGCUCUGCUGAAACAACUCCCCGCGGUGCGGGACGAGAUUUCCGAAAGACGUGCAAAAAAUCGAGCAAAGGCUAAACAGCAGGAAGAGGAACGCAGGCGAGCAGAGCGCAUUACGAACAGCAAUUUCGCUCUGUCAAAACAAAAAACCCUGGAAAACGGUCGAGACCUGCAAGUUCAAUUGAUCAUGAAAGAACAAGAACGCAUCUGGAAAAAACAGGAAGAGGAUCUAUUCAAUCAAAUUCUGAUGAAACAGCAGUUGGAGAAGGACGCAAAACUUUCAACUGAUCAAGUAAAAACGAGGGAAGCGAAUAAGAAACUUGCUGACGAACUACAGCAGGAAUCAAGAAGAAAGGAAGAACAAAAGAAGGCGAUAAGGGAAAUGAACCUAAGGGAGGAACAAGUGGAAUUGGAAAAGAUUAAACAACAACUGGACGACGAAAGAAUCACCGGUCUUCGGGAGAAAUUUUUCAGACAAUGCAAAAUUGAACGCAAUCUUAAAGAAUGCAUGGAGGAGAGGCAGGCUGCACAGUUCUUGGAACGCCUAAGAGAGGAGAGUUCGGCGAAAGGCAUUCUCAUUUCGCGGGAUGAUACGGAUGAAAGUCGAGCCUUGGAAAAGGAACGCGUUAAGAAGGAGACACUGCAAUACCUGGACUAUGUGCACCAGGCCAAAAUAUCGGAAAAACUGUUUGAAAACAAGGUGGAACAAGCCGCACAACACGCACUCAAACGAGAAGCACAACGCGUGGCUGCGAGGAAAGCCCAGGAAGAGGCAUCCCGAAGGCGGCUGGCAUGGGAGACGGCCUACGUAUGCCAGCAACAGACCCAGUUCAAAGAACAACAGCGCCAAUUGGAAAAACUAAUGAAGAAGCAUGAAGCAGAGGAGCUGAAAACGCUGAACGAUGCGGUUCAAAAAGAACUUAGUGAGCAAAUCACCCGGAAACGAAACCGCAUCGAAGCCUAUAAGAAAGAGCUGGAACAGCAGAUUGCCGGGCAUGAGAUACGAAAAGCAAUGGAACUGGCUGAAGCGGAGCGUCAGAUCGAAGCCCAAAAUCGUGCGGAACAGGUACUGCAGGAACGAAUUGACCAAGCAAUUCACUCAAGAAUAUUAGAUCCCCACAGACACCCUUGGCGUAAAAUGUGCUGCCAGGAUGAUGCAACAAGAGAAACCCCUGAUCAGACUUUAUGUGGAUGUGUCUUUUCCUAGAGUUAGACAACUCUGGUGCAGUAUAUUUUUGCCCAUUCAUAAUAAACUCGUUCUAGUCUCGAUUGCACGGCCGAUCUCUGUGCAACACUCAUAUUUCUGAUAUGUUAUCAACUAGGUGUUGCAGGAUCCGUUAUAGGUUGCGCCUUCAACAUCUUCUGUUCCAACCCAACAUCCAGCCGUUUUUCAUCAAAUUGUCAGGCCUUUUCAAGCAGCUGUUUUACGAACAUCUGUUGAAACCAAAUUAUAACCAACUGGGAUUGAACCAGGAUUGUUUUUUUGAUGAGUUGGGUCACUGUUGGAAGAAGAAUCAUCACUCCAGGGUUAAAGGUUUUUGGUCAGGCGGUCCAAAUGGACACGAAUUUGUCAAGC